AUGGCCACUGAUAUCAACUCUUCCGCCUCCGUCGUCAAUUCUCUUCCACUCUCAACACCUUCACUUACCCUUGUUCAAGUCCCUUCUUCAGUGAAAUUACUACCCAUCAACUACAUAAGUUGGAAGACUCAAAUCGAAGCACUCCUCUAUGGCUUAGAUCUCUUCAAGUUCAUCGACAGGACUCAUUUACCUCCAAAACCCACUAUUGUCGAUGGUGAAUCUACUCCUCACACCGACUAUCCUGCCUGGUUUCGCCAAGAUCGCUUACUUUUUGGUGCAAUUGUAGGCACCCUUUCUCCCACAACUGUUCCCCUGAUAACUAGUGCUUCAACCUCAUUCGAAGCCUCCAAGAUUCUCUCAAACACCUAUGCUAAACCGUCUAAAGGCCACAUCAAACAAGUUCAACACCGACUCAAACAGACCACAAAAACUUCGGAUCAAUCUGUCUUAAUUCAUCUACAAUUGUUUUGA